AUGGGGAGCCCCUUGCCGCCCCCCCUGCUCCUGGCCCUGUGGCUGGGCCCGGGGCUGGCCUCGGGGGUCCCCCGGGUCCGGGUGGGAGUGGAGGAGGCCGGGGGCGGCCGGCUGGGGGUCCGCUGCCACUUCCUGGGCCGGGGGUGGGUGUCCCAGGUGGCCGUGAGCCUGGGGGGCCCCGACGGGGCGGGCGGGCGGGCCCUGGCCCUGCUGGCCCCCCGCCACGGCAUCCGCCGGGCCCCGCCCGUCCAGGCCCGCUGGGACUCGGACGCCGGGGUCUCCCUCACCCUGGACCGGCCGGACCCGCCCAACGCCACCUUCUGCUGCAAGUUCGCCACCUUCCCCACGGGCACCUGGGAGGCCUGCGCCCACCUCGGGGACGGCCCCGCUCCGGACGCCGCCCCGGCCCCCUCGGCCGGCCGGCUGCGCGCCGACCUCCUGGGCCUCCUGGGGGGCUCGGCCGCCCUGCUCCUCGGCUGCUUCUGCCUUCUGCGCUACAUGCUGCGGCGGAGGCUCUGGACCCCCCCAAGUCUCUGGAAGGCCGGCCCCAGGACCCACGCAGGGGCCAAGCGGAGGGGCCCCGAGGGGCCCCACACGCCUUACGUCAUCAUCAACAUGGACUACUUCUCCCCGCCUCUCCCGCCCCAAGCCCACCCCGGCCCGGGCCCGAGCGCCCAUCCGCCCACCCCGGCGGCGGCCCCCGCCACCACCCCGCCUCUCCAGUCCAGUUUCGUCUCUGUGGAGAAUCUGCUCUACCACCAGGCCCCGGGGCGGCUGCAGGCGGACCCUCACCCCUGGGGGCAGCCCCCCGCUGCCUGA